UGAAAAGUGCAAAAGUCUAAGUGCAACCAACAGAACCGGACGCGGCGACGGUGCAAAGUGAAAGUCGCACAAGUGAGGGGCUGAGAGGGUUGCGAUAGUUUUCCAAUUUUCUUCCCACCCACCGCCACCGUUGGCAGUCAAGACGGUAAAAAAAGGGAAGCGAGAAGGAGAUAAAAAACAAGAAGAAAAAAAAACACACCUCCCGGUGCAAUGGAUUUGAAUCGUGACCGGGAUAGUGAAACGUGAAUAAAGCCAUCGCAUCGUUGGUGUAUGAUUUUUCAGCCCCCCCAUAGCUCCUAGUUGAACAGAUCAUAACGAUGAUGAUGACGGUGAUGAUGAUGAUGAUGUGUGGAAACGUGUGCGGGCAGCAGAAAGCACAGACAAAUUAAACAACUGAACGGACGGACGGACGCACGAACCGACAGGCAGGCAUGUCCUUAAAACGGCUCGCCGUCAUCUCGGCCGUCGGUUCGCACAACAGCUUCAGCAAUCAGACCAUCUCGUACAUCAGCUCGUACAGUGGCAGCGCCAGCGUGGAGCAGGGCAGUAGCGGGUACGCCGGCUCCGGUAACCUUCGCACCGGUGGCCACCAUCAGGGACUGCAAACGAUGCGGCCGGGUGCGAAUCUGCACGGCAAUGUCAACAUCAUGCUUGGCGGGGCAAUGCUAUCCGUGGUUAUCACGGUGGUGUGCUUCGUGUGCUACUGCUGCCAUCGGAACAUCAAGAAGCGCUCGAAUUCCAUCUACCGCCAGCAGUGGCUCGAGACGGAGGCGAACAUGGAAAUCUACAGCGUGGAACAGUGCUACGAUCCACCGCCCGCCGGGUCAGGUGGGUUUUUUAUGGACAACGGUGGCACCGGCGACUACCAGCCGAUGAUCACGAGUGCCAUAAAUCAUGCUGGACACCAUCCCCCGUAUCCCUACUCGUACCAUCAGCAUUACCAUCAGCAGCAACAGCAGCAGCAACAGCAGCUCCAGCAACAUCCUCAUUACCAGUACACGCCGUACCCGAACGGACCGCCACCGUCUUACGACACCGUUGUCGCGCAAGACGAACUGCUGGCGAGUGUUUCGCGGCGAAAGCGCAACCUCCCAGAGGACAUCCAUCCACCAACGGCAGGACCUUCGUGCUCGUCAGCACACAGCUGCCUGGACUCGCCGGACUGCGAUAAGCCGGACUCACCGUGCACCGAAGCGCCCCUACUACCGAAAACACCUCCACUGGCACGGAGCUGCUCCGGAGGACGUCGAAGAAUCGCCACCGACUGGCAGGACGAUCCACGCGACGGUGAAUGUUCACGCGAAUCCCGACCAGCACCGACGAGCUGUAGCUGCACCACGGAGCUAACCAUCUCGCACGAUGACCAACCACCACCACCACCACCACCAGGGCUGCCAAUUUACUGUCGUAAUUGUGGUUACUUUGUGGAGGGCUCGAGAGAUUCCCCCAUCGUCCCACCGCCAUCGGUGGAUCAGAUCGGGCAGCCGCAUAACGAGGCACUAUUAGUCGAUUACGAGGAGCCGUCCACAGGCGAGCUCGAGCAGGAUGGGCCACACGAGAGCGAUGUCAAUCGAAACAAUGUCAUCGAUGACAGUGGCAACAGAGUUACCACCACCGCCACUGGUGACAUUGACGUGCUAACAAUGCGGCCGCGAAUGGCGUCUUCAUCCCCGGGCCCGAUGGAUGCAAUGAAUAACAACGCCGCUAAUGAAACCAGCGACUGGUCGGAUGGUUUUGCGGCAACAUCGGAGGACGCGCGUUUGCACGGUAACAGAUCAUUGACCGGUGUACCGGUGGCGAAGGACGAAACGACGAUCGUCGUGAUGGAACACGGUGAGAAUAAUAACGUCAUUACGGACGCAUUGCCGGGAAGGACGACCACGGAUGGGCGGCUAAUAAGCCCCAUGGAGCACCGGGAGGGCUCGGGUGACAUCAUUCGUCAGUGUCCUGGGAACACGUCCACCAAAAUGACGCCUAAUCAGGACGGCGAAACCAACGCAAUCGACCAGCGAUCGGGGCAAACGCUGGAGGAUCACACGAAUGGGAAUAGCACCGGGGAAGCGAUAUUACACGUGGAAAACCCAUCGAUGGUUCCAUCAAACCCUGAUUGCUCGGAUACGGGUGCCAGAAGCCUGCUGAACGAGAACGGUCUAGUAAGGCUCGAUAUGAGCCAGAUCAUCGACAACACUGGCCUACCGACGUACGAAGCGGCCUUAAAGCUGGAGUCCAGCGGUUACGUGUGA